CUCGGGAGGCUGGAGGUUGGAGUGUCAUUUCAAUGUUAAAGUAUAACAGGUUAUAAGUCAGCCUCGGCGCAUAGCUGUUGUCAGUUAAAACCGUUCCCGGUGAGACGUCGGGCUGUGGAGACCUGACUACAGUUUAUAACGAAGUUUGACCAUCAAGUUGAUAACUUGUCGUUUGCUUUUGUACGCACUUUUUGAGAGUAAUUUCUGCUCACAUCCUUGUAAAAGGAAAAACGGUGUCCACAGAUUUCCCUCCAGCUGCCAGCCUGGGGUUCUAUGUAAAAGCUGAGAGGACAACCUUCACCUCCAGAGACAUGUCACGACAGAUGGGAAACGGCCAUCGAAGGUUUCUACAAGCCAUGAUGUCCAACUGCAUCAUCGAUGAGCAGGGCGCAAAGGCCCUCCACCAGUACUGUUGUGAAACGCAUAGUGCACAUUUUGCUCCUGACAAAUUGGAUGAUUUCAUUGAUGUCAUCAACUCAAAGUUACAGCCAAUGUUUAUGCAAAUUAGAAAAGGGAUGUCUGAGGACAAUGGCCACCAGUACUACGUCUUGGUGAAUAUGGCUGAAACUGAAGUCACUAGAAUGUCAUCAAAUUAUGCCGACAAUGAACUGGAGUUGUUCAGAAAAACAAUGGACCUGAUCGUUAACUCUGAGAACGGCAAAGCCUCCUCCACCGAUAUUCUGAACAGCACAGACAGCAUGACCAGCAAAAAGCUGAAAAAGAGCGAAACGGAGAACCUGCUGAGCCGACUUGUAAACGACAAAUGGUUCUGUGAGAAAGGGGGAGAGUACACUCUGUCCACGCGAUGUAUCAUAGAGAUGGAGCCGUACAUCCGUGCAAUGUAUCAAGACCAGGUCAAAGUGUGCCACAUCUGUCACAACGUUGCUUUCCAGUGCCAGAUUUGUGAGAAUCCCGUAUGUGGCAUAAAAAUACACAAUCCAUGUGUGGCCAGAUAUUUCAAAGGAAGAACGGAGCCACGAUGUCCAGCUUGUGAGGACUUCUGGCCGCAUGAAAUCCCCGAAAUCCAAAGGGCAACCUCAUCUCAGUCUAGGAGAUGAGGACUUCAGCAUUGAACGUUAAUGAAUUUGCUCAGUUUUUUUUAACACAAUUUUAUAACAGUCAAGAAUUGAUUAUUGUUAUAUUUGUUAUAUCUUCAGUGUUUUGACAUAAAUAAAAUUGAUUUAGCUUCA